AUGGCGACAUGCGUGUCACAACACGACACAUCUGGAUGCAAUACUCGCCGAUCCAACACGCUCCCGGGUCGACUCAUCGAGAUCGAUGCUACCAGUGGAAGAGCACGCCUCGUCAACGUAGCAUCGUUGCACAGCCUCCCGGAGUUUGUAGCUCUGAGCUACUGUUGGGGAUUGACCGGGAACCUCCAAACACUCAAAGCCACAUUAUCCCGGAUGAAGGAGAGCAUUCCUACCGACGCGUUGCCUCUUACCAUCAAACAGACCUUUGAGAUUGUGGAAGCUCUUGGCUUCCGCUAUCUCUGGGUCGAUGCGUUGUGCAUUGUCCAAGACGACGAUGUAGACUGGCGACGCGAGGCCAGAAAGAUGGGCGCCAUUUACUCCAAUGCCAGUCUCGUCAUUGCUGCAAUGGCAUCGCGAAGUACUCAAGAAGGUCUUCAUACCAAAGCACACGACUCGUCACCGUCGGACGACAUGUUUCACACCGUGAUGCGGGCAUGCAGAACGAUGCCCCGCAAGCAGUGGGAGGAAUUCAUCCAAAAGGAGCUGCCACUGUUAUGCCGGGGAUGGGGUUUUCAAGAACGUCUGCUCGCCCGCCGCAUCGUCCACUUUACUCCCGCCGAGUUAGUGUGGGAAUGUAAGGGGAAUAUCUCCUGCCAAUGUGGGAAAAUGACAAAUUUCAUGGGUUCUGGCAGGACGAUGAAUAACAUGAACGCGGCGUUUUGGCUCACUGUUGACCAUCCAUCUCAGGAGCGCGUCCGGCCCAUGUGGCGAGAAUGCGUCAAAACCUUUUCUCGACGUUCGCUCACUGUGCCAAGCGAUAGAGCAUUCGCUAUCACGGGUGUCGCCGAGCUCCUUCGUGGAUCAAGCUGCGCUGACUUGUACAUAUCUGGGCUUUGGAAGGAUGCCUUGCCGUAUGACCUCCUCUGGCGCUGCGACCAAUCAACUACGCUUUGUGCGCGGAAGUAUAGGAAGCCGUCGUGGUCGUGGGUUUCGGUUGAU